CACAAAUACUCACAUAUUUCCCUUCUGUGUCUUUCCAUCUUCGUCCUCACAAUUACCGCCACCAUUUCAUCCUCAUGUACGUCUUUCGCUUUCCUUCAGCUUUUCGGCGAUCCUCGCCCUUGCUCCGCGCCGCCGUGUGGACCCUUCUCUUGGUCGCUACGGUGGUUCUCGCGUCUUUGGCUCCCGGAAUUGCAUUUACUCUGGCCUUAUCGCCUUGUGCUGGUGGUGCUGGCGUUGAGAUUCCUCUGCAAUUUCCCGGAGAGACGGUGUGUUUUCCGGAACACGCCGUGAUCACUCGGUCCCACUUGGAUUUUUUCUUGCCAACGUUGUUUGCUACUUUGGUUGUUGGUGCUUCGACUUGCCUGCUUCGUUCUCUGGCCUUGUAGAAAGGCGCGCGACACAGCCUUCUUUGUUUCUAUCUUUUGGGUUAACUUAGCUUGAUGAGCUGAAAUUUUGGAUUGGGUAAAUCACCAGAAAAUAUAUCCGUUUGCUUGAGGUUUCGUCUGUUACAAAUCCUCUUUAACCUCUGUAUUUCUCUGACGAUUAUGCCCAAAUCGGUAUUAGCCUAAUUAUACUCCCCCCCCCCCCAAAAAAAAACCUGAACCCUCAUUGGUAGUGAACUCAUGACGUGGUUAAACUGAAGUUCGUUGAUUUUUUAUAUUCCUUCGUUGUUUCGUCCCCCCCCCCCCCCCAAAAAAAAAAAAGAUCUAUCAUCCUUUUACGUCACAAGGCAUUCAAGAGGAUGCUAAUAUGGAAUGUCGUGGAGAUAUUGACAGAGGUUCAAUCGCAGAGGAGAACUGGGAAAGUUUGAUUCAAUUUAGUGUUCAAAUCUUGAGUUGGUGUUGACGUGAGCUGCCAAUUUUUGGCUUAUUACCAGGUGACUGGGAUGAAUUAGCCCAGGGAGAAGUCAGGAGUAAAAAACUGCCUUCAUUU